AUGGCCGCUCUUACACCCCCCGACACCUACACCAAUUUCACCCUCCCUGACGUCAAGUUCGCCCACCAUCCGGCCUCUUCACCCACUGUCACGUCCGUUGUGCUCGUCAUCCUGAAUCGCCCAGCUGCCCGCAAUGCCUUCACCGACUCCAUGGCCGACUCGCUGGAAGCGGCCUUCACCCUGCUGUCCGCCGACCCCCGGGUCAAGUGCAUAGUCCUCACUGGCUCCGACCAGUCCAAUCAGUACUACUGCGUCGGCAUGGACCUCGCCAUUGCCGGCUCGCGCAAGGUCAACACGGAGAUUCCCCGCGACGAGUACCGCGACGGCGGCGGCCGCGUCACCCUCUCCAUGCACAGGUGCGCCAAGCCCAUCGUCGCCGCCAUCAAUGGCAGCGCUGUGGGCGUCGGUAUCACCAUGACCCUGCCGGCCAGCAUCCGCGUCGUCUCCAACAAGGCCAAGGUCGGCUUCGUCUUCGGCCGACGCGGUUUCAACAUGGAGGCGUGCAGCAGCUUCUUCCUGCCGCGCCUCGUCGGGACAAGCCGGGCCAUGCACCUCGUCACCACGGGCGGCGUGUACCCGGCCACGAGCCCGCUGUUCGGAGACCUCUUCAGCGAGAUUGUGGAGCCGGGGGAGGUCCUGCCGCGGGCGCUUGCCAUUGCGGAGGAGGUGGCGGAGAACGUCAGCGCCGUCUCGACCAAGGUGAACAAGGAGCUGAUCUACCGGAACCCUGGGACACCCGAGGAGGCGCACCUGCUCGAGAGUUCCCUCUUCUGGGAUCUGAUCCGUGGGCGAGAUAGCAAGGAGGGGAUGCAGAGCUUCUUGGACAAGCGCGCACCCGAAUUUGCGGCGAGCAUCGAUAAGGACGCCCCGACUGCGUAUCCAUGGUGGGAGGAGAAGCAGACCAAGCCCAAGCUGUAG